GCUCGGUCGCUUUCGGUACGAUGGCCUCCGUGAGUGCGACAAAGAGGAGGAUGGUCGCGGUGAAUAGAGGGGUAAGAGAGAACGAGGGAACGAGACGGGACAACAGGAGAGAGAGCAAGAACAACCACGGCCCCGCCGAAGUGCGUGUCCCACCAACACACGCGCGCAUACACACCGAUGUAGCACCAGCAACGCCACACCGCCACCGCCACCACCACCACCGCCACGACCACCACACCACCAGCACCACUACUACCAACACCGCCACUGCCACCGACGUGGAGGCACUGCACCUCUCUCACAGUUUUCGCCACUUUUUCACACGGCCCUCGCCCACCUCCGUCACGUACAUAUUCCGUGGAGCAGCCAGCGUUCUGCGCGCACCUUCCUUUUUUCUCAACGACGGACUCCCGGGACUGGGUAAACGCGUCGUCGUCACCGUCGCCGUCGCCGCUACUUCUGCUGCUGCUCCCGUUGCCGCUAAUCCACUACUGACUGCCCGUACCUGUCGUUCCAGCACGCACGACCGCGAUCGGGGGAUCGCUCGGGCUCGACUGCCGCACGACGGCCGCGAUUCGGCCAUCUUCGGGACGCCUCGGCGGUCUACGCUCACUUUCCGCGCAGGGACGACGAUAUCGUGGGCGCAUCAAGCACCCCGUCCCCGUUUCCUCCACAAUGACUCAUGUGCCACGCUUUGA